CAGGUCCACUGCCAGCAAGUAAAGUUUUUUUGUCAAAAUUCUUACAGCAUGAGUGAAUUGUCUUCAUAUUUAGCACUUCCCCUUCAUUUCCCCUUUAGGUGCAACUUCAACCACCUCUCCAGCUCUGAAUGUGUCAAGCUCAGCAACGAACAUAGAAACAACUUUUAACCCGAGAACCACAGACCGACCUGGUUUUCAUCCUCCAUAUACUACAAAUAUUGUACCCAUGCUCAUCACAGUCAUUGGUAAGUUUAGUUCUCUGAUAUUAAAUUUGUGUUGUUUGAAUACUGCUCUCCAUCUCUCUGUGUGCAGUGGUGCUGUGUGUCAUGCUGCUCCUCGUCAUUGUGUUGGCUGUGCUCUACAGAAGAAAACGCAACAAGAAAACAGUGGCACCAAAGGAUCAGGUUGAACAAGUCUCUAAGGAGAAGGACCAUCAGAAAACACACAUCACAGGUCAUAUGCGCUGGGACAUAGAGACGCCCUCACCAGUAUCACUGUCUGAAGCCCGAGCUAAGUCUGCUAAUGCAAUUCUUUUCACAUCUCCGUUUGCUGUCCCUGGUGAUUGUGAUGGAGACCCAGCUUUAUUGGAGAAUGGAGAGAAUAAAGGAGUAGAGGAAGAGGAAAGUGGUGAUAUUAUGAUAGAAAUAGGCAAAGAUAACAGCGCCCCAUCAAGUGUUAGAAAUCUACAAAAUGAAACUACACCUGUUAACUGUGAAAAUGUCCCUUAUCUAAGUAUAGGGUCACAUCCAACCCAACCAAAUAAUGUGGAUAUGAAAAGUGCAUUGGCAAAAUUAGAAAGGGGUAUGCACAGAAUAUCCACCUGGCCCCCAACAGCAGUGCAAUGGCAAGAGAGAUGCAAAAGAGAAAAGGAGAAGAAGGGCACAGACAAUGUGGUAACUGCUUGGGCGCAGGUUGAGUUUAAAGUUUCAAGUAAUUUAGAUAAUCUGGGGAUUUUAUCCAAUAACUAUGAUGAGAAUGAUACUGAAACACUAGGAAGUUAUGCAGAAAACCAAAGUUACUACAAAGAGGUUAAAACACAAAUAAUGAAGGAUUUGGAAGAAACAAACGCAUUGAGUGAUGCAACCAGCAGUUCCAUAGUUAGUGACAGAAAUGAUUUAACCUUUAAAACAUCUUUUGUAAAUGUAGAGACACCAAUCAAAGACCAUAAAAUCAAUCCAAAAGCUCUAAAUUCACAGAAGGUAAAUGCCAACAGCUCUAAUGGGGCGUACAAUAGUGGUAGGGGCAGCAAGCAGAAGGGAGAAAGCAGAAGGAGCGUCUCAAAUGUGCCCUCUGAUGGUGGGGGCAAGUAUGUGUUUGUGGAUCUUCUGCAUGAGGUGGUGCAGAACCGCGGCCGUUGGACCAGGGACAGGUGGAGACAGAUCCACAUGAACAAGCAGACCCCAGAACAGCAGAGCCCCAGGUGGUAAAGUCAAAGGAUUAGGCCAUUAAGUAAAAGAUGAUAAGUGUUGAGUAGUGUUGGUUGAUCUGAUAUAUGAGGCUGAAG